GGCUAAGCGCUGGCUGAAUUCAGCACCUGCUGUCCGCGCUGCUCUCGUUUUCCUCCAGGUAAAGGCAGCGCCGCGUGGAGUCUGUCAGAGUGAGACAGUUUAUUUGAUUUGACGCCACCUUGAAAUUUUCUCUCCAGCUUUAAGAAAAGGCGGCAUUUAUUUUACAAACAUGGAAGAAGAAAGAAAAUCCUCUCAACAGUACGGAGCGCUGGAUCAAACUGAGCUUCACAGGGGGACGGAGAAACCAACAGAAGAUGUAAUCUCAAUGGCCGACUCUACAGUCACGAUUGAGGACAUUGAAGGGGAGCUGUUCAGGAUUGAGCGGAUACGGGAGGUCCUCGUACGGAGAGAAUCGGAGCUGAGAUACAUGAUGGAUGACAUUCAGCUCUGUAAAGAAAUUACAAAGCUGAAACAGGAGCUGCAGAGACUUGUUACAAUUCCAGACACAGACAAGUCCACAGAAGACAGAGAAAAGGAGGCGGAGCUGCUGAAGCAGAUCAACAAGCUGGUGGAGACCAGAGACUUCCUGGUGGAUGAUGUGGAGUUUGAAAGGCUCAAGGAAAAAGAGGAAGACAAGGAGAUGGCAGCCUUCUUACAGUCAAAACUCCCCAAUGGUUUGGCAGAAAAAGGUGCUCUGCAAGAUCGAAAGGUUGCAUCCAAAUCCCAGCAGACAUCCAAUCUGUUUAUCUCUAAAACUGGACUAACGCUACUGAAAGACUGCUGCGGCUUCACCUGCUCUGUCAUGUAAAGGAAUAGGAACUGGAGGCCACUACUUGUGCCGGCAUUCAUGUGAAAACACAAAUCAGGCCCCUCAGUGUUUUUGAGUAUCAUUUCUGAGAUUUCCUUUCAUGAUCAAUGAUUCUCUAAUGUGCAACGCCUUGGAAAAUGAUUCCCCUUUCACCACAUUACACUCACCAACUUCCUUUUAUUUCAUUGAGAUUUGAUGCACAGACAUCUCUAGACAUCAGUACACAGGUUAAAGCUUGGGCACAAAAAAGGAACAUUGACCCUAAGCAUGUCCCUAAAUAGCUUAAAAAGUGGGGUUAGGUUAACAAGGUGUUUUUUUUUUUUCAAGCAUAGCUUUAAAACCUAUACAAAACUUGUAGGCAGAGCUAAGACGGCUUCUUGAAAAUCAUUUUUCUGGAGAGGAACAGGGGAACACUGUGAGUUCUUUGUGAUGCCAACAGUGAAGCAUUCUGAUGCAGUCAGUAUUUGGAGGAGCAGCUUCUCAUGCGUCAUGACAAAUCUUCUCAAACCACUAUCAUGAAUGAAAAGUGGAGUCAAAACGUCCAGAGAACAUUGCAUGAUGGAGUGGCAGAUUUUAAGGCAAACAUGGUGCGAGAGUUGCUGAAAGUUCAGACA